CUGCGAGCUAGGCGCAUACAAAGAUGAGCAAGCUGCUAUGCACCGUAUGGCUCCUGCUCCUCCUCGCGAACCUGGGAUGGUCAGGCCACGCCUCCCCGGCGCUCUCGUUACGUCGGCGAUACGAGUCCAUCUUCAGCUUCGGCAAUUCUUACACCGACACCGGCAACAACCCGGUCGUCUUUGCCGACAACGGCGUGUUCGGCCCCGUCACGCGCCUUCCCUACGGCUCCAAGUUCUUCGGACGACCCACCGGCCGCUGCUCCAAUGGCCGCCUCAUCAUCGACUUCAUCGCUCAACACCUUGGCCUGCCGCUUGUCCCGCCUUCCCUGACACACAAAGGGAGCUUCCGUCGAGGCGCCAACUUCUUGACGCCGCUCGCUUCCACGACGGCUCCAAUCCUGGCAACCUGUUCCCUCUCAACACCAGCUUGGGCGUGCAGCUGGAGUGGUUCGAGUCGCUCAAGCCUUCGCUCUGCCACACAGCCCGAGGUUCUCAAUUCUAAACUCUCAAGUCAGACUUCCACGUGCUAAUGCGUGUAUUCAGCUGCCCUGUCUGCCUGCAAAGUGACAAGAGCAAUU